CUAGGUACAGACUAGAUAGUUACCAUUUUUCUAAUUAGUGUAAAAGCUUUCACACUCUUCACCUUCAUCUCUAUCUCUCUCUCUGAGCUCCGAUUGGUUUCUGGUCAAAAAAAGGUAAGAGCUUUCAGAAACCCAUUUUCACUUUCAAGUUCCAAAGCUCACUUAUUUUCUGAUUUCUUGAAAUGCUGCCUCUAUCUCUCUUCAUUUUUAUACUCUGCAACUCUCAAUUAUCUUUGGUCAGUUCUUUAAAUGAAGAAGGACACUCUCUUUUAGAUUUCAAGCUAUCCAUUUGGGAAGACCCAGAAGGGUCUUUACUUAACUGGAACAUUUCAGAUGAAAACCCUUGUUCAUGGAAUGGUAUAACAUGCAAUGCCCAAAAAGUCGUCUCUGUUACAAUACCAAACAAGAAACUCUCCGGCUUUCUCUCUCCCUCAAUUGGUUCUCUCUCUGAGCUCCGGCGUCUCAAUUUAAGAAACAACAACAUCUCCGGUACUUUACCGUCGGAGCUCUACAAAGCCUCGAAACUCAAGAGUUUGAUUCUUUAUGGUAAUUCUUUAUCUGGGUCUAUCCCUUUUGAACUUGGUAAUCUCGAUUAUCUCCAAAUUCUAGAUUUUUCUAUGAAUAACUUAAAUGGGUCACUGCCGGAAUCAUUAAUUCGAUGCAAGAGAUUGACGACCGUCGAUCUCGGCCGGAAUAACUUCACCGGCCGUCUACCUGAUGGUUUCGGGGCUAAUUUGGGUUUGCUUGAGAAUCUCAAUCUUUCCUUCAAUAGAUUUAGCGGUUCAAUUCCUAUGGAUUUGGGAAACUUGUCUAAUUUACGAGGAACUGUUGAUCUUUCACAUAAUGAGUUUUCAGGUUCAAUUCCUGCUACUUUAGGUAAUCUUCCUGAAAAAGUUUACAUUGAUCUAACUUACAACAAUCUAAGCGGUCAAAUUCCUCAAACCGGUGCUCUUAUAACCCGAGGACCCACAGCUUUUAUUGGAAACCCGGCUCUAUGUGGUCCUCCAUUGAAGAACCCAUGUGCAAAUUCUAGUCAAUCCUAUCCUCACUUGCCCGGUAGUUAUUCCCCUGCUAAAGAUAAGAACAGAAGAGGGCUAAGUAAAUGCUCUGUUAUUGUGAUUGUAUUGGGUGAUAUAAUUGGCGUGUUCGUCAUCGGUUUGCUGUUGUCUUAUUGUUAUUCGAAACUAACUCGGGUGAUUAUCAAAAGGAAAUCAAAAACAGGGUUCAUGUUUGCAAAUGAAGGGAAAGGAGGAGGAUCAAAGAACAGUGGGUGUGUUUGUUUUGGUAAUGAGGAAUCUGAAAGUUUGUCCGAGAAUUUGGAGCAGCACGAACUUGUCUCAUUGGAUCAACAUGAUUUGCCAUUUAAUCUUGACGAAUUGCUAAAGGCUUCGGCUUUUGUGUUGGGAAAGAGUGGAGUUGGGAUUGUGUAUAGGGUUGUUCUUGAAAAUGGAAUUGAACUGACUGUUAGGAGAUUGGGAGAAGGCGGUUCUCAAAGGUUUAAAGAAUUUCAGACAGAAGUUGAAGCAAUUGGGAAGUUAAAACAUCCUAAUGUUUUGUCUCUUCGAGCUUAUUACUGGUCUGUUGAUGAGAAGCUUCUCAUUUAUGAUUUUGUCUCCAAUGGAAACUUGGUCAAUGCAAUUCAUGGUAAGGCUGGAAUUGAAUCAUUUAAUCCUCUUCCAUGGUCCAUAAGAAUGAAGAUUAUGAAAGGAACAGCUAAAGGUCUUGUUUAUUUGCAUGAACUUAUCCCCAAAAAGUAUGUCCAUGGAGACCUUAAACCGAGCAAUAUAUUGCUUGAUUCAAAUAUGGACCCUAAAAUUUCCGACUUUGGACUAGGUCGGUUGGCCAACAUAACGGGUGGAUUAACCCCAACUCUUCCUUACAUUGAAAUGACCUCAUACGACCCAUCAUCACAUGGGAAUUUAAGUUCAUGUUAUCAAGCCCCGGAAGCUUUAAAGACCCUAAAACCGUCGCAAAAGUGGGAUGUGUAUUCUUAUGGGGUGAUCCUAUUGGAAUUGAUAAGUGGAAGGACGCCAAUUGUUCAAGUGGGAAAGAAAGAGAUGAAUCUUGUGAAUUGGAUUGAGCUUUGCAUUGAAGAGAAAACACCACUUUCUGAUGUCCUUGAUCCUUGUUUGGCUGAAGAUGCCGAUAAGGAAGAGGAAAUUAUCGCGGUUUUGAAGAUUGCUAUGGCUUGUAUACAAAGCAACCCCGAAAGGAGACCUUCCAUGAAACAUAUUAGUGAAAGUUUGGAACGAUUAGAAUCCUCACCGAACUAAACUAAAAUCAGAAGCUCGGUUAAGAUUGUGGUCUGAUCAUGACAUGCCAUUUGUUUGUUUCUAUGUUGUUUCCAAUUUGUUUUGUUUGAUGAAAUUAUUUCUCUAUUAUUAGUUUAUCUCUUUUCCUAUCUUGUACUAUGUUAAAUCUUGUUUCCUUGUAAUAAACUAUGUAACUGUCAAGUUUCUUCACUGUCAUUGCAACU